AAGGUGGACGAAACUAAAAUGGUUAUCCUCUCUUUCCCCUUUCACAAAUAUCUCUCCUCUCUCUCCCCUCCACUCUUUCUCCUCCUUCCCCCUUCACUCUCUCUACUUCCCGCAUCCUUUCUCUCCCUUUUUUUACAGGCAACAGACCGUCAAAUUAUACCUUCAUAAUCUUCUUCCCAUCCUCUUUCCUAUCCUCAAGUUAGUGUCUACAAAUUCGUAGCCAAAUUUCUUCAAUUUCAUAUCUACGAAACAUAUGAUUUUGUUUGGGUUUUGUGUGUUUUUCAAGUAUGGGAGCGGCGUACUUGAUGGCCAAGAGCGGAUUAGCAGUGGCGUCGAUGAGUGUGAUGAGGCCAGAGCUGGUGAUGAAGUCGAUCGUGUCUGUGGUUAUGGCGGGAUUGUUGGGUGGAAUGAAGGUGGAAGCUGACAGAGACGAGUCUUCCACAUAUGCUGUCAUGCUUGCUUCAGAUGUUUCACAAAGAUAUUUAUUUUUCAAUUCAGAAAAAAUUGUGGGACUCUCAAGAAGGGAAUGUGGUUAAGUGAGCUUCAUUGCAUGAUGAACUUAGGUCUGACGCCUGUAGCUUGUAGUGGGAGGAUGGAAUUCUGAAAAAGGCUUAGUUGUAACUUGUAAGUUAUGUAGGAUUUGUUGUGAAUAGCUGAAAUUCAAUAAGUGAAAAGUUAACUAUGAUACUUUUUGUGAAUUUUACUUGAUGUAUAUACUAGAAAUGCCAUAGGGAAGGCAUAUAACCAAUUGGGUGGAUUUUGUUAGUUAUCGGUUUGCUGUUGGUGGAUGUGCAUAGGUACAUAGGUGUUAUAAAAUGUAACGUUGUCACCCUUGGGUACUUGGUUGUGUUGGACAACAUCGUUGAAUGUAAUAUGCUUUCUUAUGUAGCACAAACCUUGUUAUUGAUAAAUCUAUUGGAUAUAAAGUGUGGUUGGUUGGAAAUGUGAA